AUCUCCAGCAUGAGUCCCACAAAUUGAGGAGGCUGUUGUAAGCUAUAGUUGAUGCUGAUUGAGAUCGGAGGCAGCCAUGGAAGUGAAGGAACGCCGCCCCUAUCGCUCGCUGACGGUGCGGCAGGACACAGAGCGCCGCUAUACCAGCUCCUCAGCCGACAGUGAGGAUGGCAAGCCCAACGCCAAGUCCUACAGCUCCAGUGAGACUCUCAAGGCCUUCGACCAUGACUCGAGGAUGGCCUAUGGGACUCGGGUCAAAGAUGUGGUGCACCAUGAAGUCGACGAAUUUGGUCGGCCAGGGGCAGAGUUUUCCCUGCGAGACCUUGGUUUUGGUGAAGCCCUGCCUUCUCACGUAGCCGCCUACAGGACAGAACUGGGACUGACACAUCGAGAUUACUCCGUCAGUGUGGGCUCGGACGCAGACACAGAAACAGACGGCAUCAUGUCCCCAGAGCACGCCGUCAGAAUGUGGGGUCGCUCCAACACCAAGUCAGGCCGCAGCUCCUGCCUCUCAAGCCGAGCAAACUCCAACCUCACGCUCACCGACACAGAACACGAGAACACGGAAAAUGGUCCUCCUCUGCAUUGUUCAUCUGCCUCCUCCUCCCCUGUUGAGCACCUCCCAUACCCUCCCCCAUCCAUUGCAGCCAAUCAGAGCCAGGGAGGGUUGCUAGGUAACAGUGCGGCUCAGCCAGCCCAGGACUCUGACUCUGAGGAUGAGUUUGGCCCCAAUUCAUUCUUAGUUAAAACUGGCUCAGGAACCCUGUAUGCUCCAGCCACUGCAGCUGCUGAUGACGGCGCUUUCCAAAACCACUCCCGGCUGCGGACGCCCCCUCUGCCACUGUCCCACUCCCACUCACCCAAUCACCAGCACCAUGCGCCCUCCAUUAACUCCUUAAAUAGGGGCAACUACACCCCCAGGAGCAAUCCCAGCCCCGCCCCCACCGACAGCUCCGCCCCACCCGAGGGACCAACCAGUGGGCAGGACUCGGGCAGCGCACAAGACAACUGGCUCCUCAACAGCAACAUCCCACUAGAAACAAGAAACAUAGCAAAGCAGUCAUUCCUAGAGAGUUUACAGGACAACCUGAUUGAGAUGGACAUUCUGGCCACAGCUCGCCACGAUGCCCCAUACAGCGACGGGCACUUCUUGUUCAAGCCAGGUGGAACAUCACCAAUGUAUUGCACAACCUCCCCGGGAUACCCUUUGACCUCCAACACAGUGUACUCACCUCCUCCUCGACCCCUCCCCAGAAACACAUUCUCACGGCCUGCCUUCAGCCUGAAAAAGCCGUACAAGCACUGCAACUGGAAAUGUGCUGCUCUCAGUGCCAUCCUCAUCUCAGUCACUCUGCUGUUCCUCUUGGCUUAUUUUAUUGCCAUGCACCUUUUUGGGUUGAACUGGCACUUACAGCCAACACAGCGACAGUUGUACCAGCUUUCAGAAGACAAUACAAGUGGCCUACCCUUCCCCACAGACCUGAGCCUCUCACCGCAGGGCAACACAGGCCUGGAAAUCAAAGGAAAAGAUGACAGCAAAUUGGACAGCUUGUUCCCAGAUGACAGCUAUAUAGAUAUGGGUGAGAUUGACAUUGGGCGCAAGGUCGCACAGCAGAUUCCUCCUGGUAUCUUCUGGAGGUCCCAGGUCUUCAUUGAUCAUCCCAUGUACCUGAAGUUCAACGUGUCCUUAAGCAAAGAUGCCUUAGUCGGAAUCUAUGGAAGAAGAGGACUACCUCCAUCACACACACAGUUUGACUUUGUGGAACUACUGGAUGGGCGAAGGCUUCUGGUGCAGGACACCCAUGGCCUGGAGGGCCCCGUGGCCCUGCAGAGGAGCCUGGUUCCCAUUACCACUCACGACACAGGCUUUAUCCAGUACUUGGACACAGGCAUCUGGCACCUGGCCAUCUACAACGAUGGAAAAGAAACAGAGACGGUCUCCUUCCUCACCACUGCUAUAGAAUCUAUUGAUGACUGUCCAAGUAACUGCUUUGGAAAUGGUGACUGUGUAGCUGGAACCUGCCAUUGCUUUUUAGGAUUCAAAGGGCCUGACUGUGGGAGAGCUGCCUGUCCAGUGUUGUGCAGUGGGAAUGGUCAAUACCUUAAAGGUCGCUGUAUGUGCCACAGUGGCUGGAAGGGCUCAGAGUGUGACGUUCCCACCAACCAGUGCAUUGACAUCACAUGCAGUGGCCAUGGGACGUGCAUCGUAGGGACUUGUAUCUGUAACCCAGGCUACAAGGGAGAGAACUGCGAAGAAGUGGACUGCUUGGACCCGACAUGCUCCGGCCGAGGGGUGUGUGUCCAGGGAGAGUGCCACUGCUUUGUGGGCUGGGGCGGUCCCGGAUGUGAGAGCCCCAGGGCGUCCUGCAUGGACCAGUGCUCUGGACAUGGAGCCUUCCUGGCAGACACAGGGACCUGCAGCUGCGAUCCCAACUGGACAGGCCAUGACUGUGGCACUGAGAUUUGUGCAGCCGACUGUGGUGGCCAUGGCGUUUGUGUGUCGGGCAGCUGCCGGUGUGACGAAGGCUGGAUGGGUGCUGGGUGUGACCAGAGGGCGUGUCACCCUCGCUGCAACGAACAUGGCACUUGCAAGGACGGCAAGUGUGAAUGCAGUCCUGGCUGGAACGGAGAGCACUGCACCAUUGAGGGCUGCCCAGGUUUGUGCAAUGGAAAUGGUAGGUGCACUCUCGGAAACAGUGGCUGGUACUGUGUGUGCCAGCUGGGCUGGAGGGGCACUGGCUGUGACACCUCCAUGGAAACGGCCUGCAGUGAUGUCAAGGACAACGAUGGAGAUGGCCUUGUGGACUGCAUGGAUCCUGACUGCUGUCUGCAGUCGAGCUGUCACACCACCUCCCUGUGUGUGGGCUCCCCGGACCCCCUGGACAUCAUCCAAGAGACACAGAUGUCCUCUACACAGAGCAACCUGCAGACGUUCUAUGACCGCGUUCACUUUCUGGUGGGCAAAGACAGUACCCAUGUCAUUCCCGGAGCCAAUCCCUUCGAUGGCAGUCAUGCUUGUGUGAUUCGAGGACAAGUUGUAACAUCCGACGGAACACCACUGGUUGGAGUCAAUAUCAGCUUCAUCAACAACCCAUCGUUCGGAUACACAAUCACCCGGCAGGACGGGAGUUUUGACUUGGUAACCAAUGGGGGAAUUGCCAUUGGCCUGCGUUUUGAGCGUGCCCCCUUCAUCACUCAGGAACACACGCUGUGGUUGCCUUGGGGACGCUUCUUCGUCAUGGAUACCAUCGUAAUGCGGCACGAGGAGAACGACAUCCCAAGUUGUGACUUGAGCAGCUUCACCCGUCCCAGCCCCAUCGUCGCCCCUGCUCCCCUCACUGCCUUUGCUGGCUCCUGUUCUGAGAGGGGCAACAUUGUACCGGAAAUUCAGUCUCUGCAGGAGGAAGUGCCCAUUCCAGGAACGGAUAUGAAGCUCAGCUAUUUAAGCAGCAGGACCGCAGGUUACAAGUCAAUACUGAGAGUGACCCUGACCCAUCCCACAAUCCCUUUCAACUUGAUGAAAGUUCACCUCAUGGUCGCUGUGGAGGGAAGGCUGUUCAGAAAGUGGUUCCCCGCUGCCCCGAACCUCUCUUAUGAUUUUGUAUGGGACAAGGCAGAUGUCUACAGUCAGAAAGUCUAUGGGCUGUCUGAAGCUUUUGUAUCUGUUGGUUUUGAGUAUGAGUCAUGUCCGGACCUUAUUUUGUGGGAGAAAAGGACUGCUGUUCUCCAAGGAUAUGAGAAGACUGCGUCCAAAUUGGGUGGAUGGACAGUUGAUAAGCAUCACGCUCUCAAUAUACAGAGUGGUAUUCUUCACAUGGGCAAUGGAGAGAACGUCUUCAUCUCCCAGCAGCCCCCUGUGAUCGGCAGUGUGAUGGGGAAUGGGCGCAGACGCAGUAUCUCCUGUCCCAGCUGUAAUGGGCUGGCUGAUGGGAACAAGCUGCUGGCCCCCGUGGCUCUGGCCUGUGGCUCUGACGGGAGUCUUUAUGUGGGAGACUUUAACUACGUGAGGAGGAUCUUCACCACAGGGAAUGUCACAAGCGUUUUGGAGCUCAGCAACAGUCCAGCUCAUAAGUACUACCUGGCUACAAGUCCAGUGAAUGGAGCUGUGUACCUCUCUGACACCAGCAGCAGAAAAGUGUUUAAGGUGAAGUCUCUCAAUGUGGUGAAGGAUGUGGCCAAGAACCUGGAGCUGGUGGCAGGGACGGGCGACCAGUGUCUGCCGUAUGAUGACACGCGCUGUGGAGAUGGAGGGAAGGCUGUGGAGGCUACACUCACUAACCCCAGAGGCAUUACUGUGGAUAAGUACGGGGUAAUCUUCUUUGUGGAUGGAGCCAUGAUUCGUAGGAUUGAUCAGAACGGCAUCAUCUCCACUCUUCUGGGCUUUAAUGACCUGACCUCUGCCCGACCUAUGAGCUGCGAUGCUGUCAUGGACAUUUCUCAGGUGCGUCUAGAGUGGCCCACAGACCUGGCUGUGAGUCCCAUGGACAACUCCCUCUAUGUGCUGGAUAACAACGUGGUGCUGCAGAUCUCAGAAAACCACCAGGUCCGAAUUGUGGCUGGACGCCCCAUGCACUGCCAAGUCCCUGGGAUCGACCACUUCCUCAUGAGCAAAGUGGCUAUUCAUGCUACGCUGGAGUCUGCUAAUGCCCUGGCUGUCUCCCACACUGGUGUUUUGUACAUCGCUGAGUCGGAUGAGAAGAAAAUUAACCGAGUCCGACAGGUGUCCACCAAUGGAGAGAUCUCUAUUGUGGCUGGGGCUCCGAGUGGCUGUGACUGUAAGAAUGAUGCAAACUGUGACUGCUACUCAGGCGAUGAAGGCUAUGCUAAAGAUGCUAAACUCAAUGCUCCAUCUUCUCUGGCUGUGUGCCCAGACGGAGAACUUUACAUUGCAGAUUUGGGUAACAUCCGAAUCCGCUAUGUGCGCAAAAACAAGCCAUUUCUGAACCCUCUCAGUAUGUAUGAAGUGUCAUCUCCCAUUAAUGACGAGCUCUAUCUUUUUGACUCCAAUGGCAGCCAUAUUUAUACACAAAGUCUGACUACUGGAGACCAUCUGUAUAACCUUACUUACAGUGGAGCAGGAGAUCUGAGCACCAUUACAGACAAAAACAAAAAUACAAUCAUUAUAAGACGGGACACUACAGGGAUGCCUCUGUGGCUCAUGGUUCCUGAUGGACGGACAUUUUGGUUUACCAUGGGAACUAACAGUGCUCUGAAGAGCGUUGGAGCUCAGGGUCAAGAGUUAGCCUUGAUGACCUACCACGGCAGCUCAGGACUUCUAGCUACGAAGACUAAUGAGAAUGGAUGGACAACCUUCUAUGAGUAUGACAGUUACGGCCGUCUGACUAACGUCACUUACCCCACGGGCCGCGUGAGCAGCUACCGAACGGAUGCCGACAGCUCGGUCCGCAUCCAGACAGAGGGCUCCAACAAAGAGGAUAUCACCGCCACCACCAACCUGUCAGCCUCUGGCACCUUCUACACACUCAUGCAGGAUCAAGUACGCAACAGUUACUUCAUUGGUUUGGACGGAUCUCUGCGCCUGGUUUUAGCCAAUGGGAUGGAGGUGUCUCUGCACACAGAGCCCCACCUCUUGGCCGGCACUGUCAACCCCACUGUCAGCAAGAGGAACGUGACCCUGGCCAUUGACAACGGGCUCAACCUGGUGGAGUGGAGGCAGCGCAAGGAGCAGGCGCGGGGCCAGGUCACUGUGUAUGGCCGCAGACUCCGGGUUCAUAACAGGAACCUUUUGUCCCUGGACUUCGAUCGUAUCACUCGUACAGAGAAAGUAUAUGAUGACCACAGGAAGUUCACACUGCGUAUCCACUAUGACCAUGCUGGGCGCCCCACGCUCUGGGCCCCCAGCAGUCGCCUGAAUGGGGUGAAUGUCACUUACUCCCCCGGGGGCCACGUGGCUGGGAUCCAGAGGGGAACCAUGUCUGUGCGCAUGGAGUAUGACCCUAACGGCAGAAUUACCUCUCAGAUCUUUGCUGAUGGAAAAUCAUGGACAUACACCUAUUUAGAAAAGUCGAUGGUGCUGCUUCUGUACAGCCAAAGGCAAUACAUCUUUGAGUUUGACAAAAACAACAGAUUGUCUUCUGUGACGAUGCCCAACGUGGCUCGUCAGACCCUGGAGACCACCCACUCCAUCGGUUACUACAGAAACACGUACCACCCGCCCGAAGGAAACGCCUCGGUGCUACAAGACUAUAGUGAGGACGACCAGCUGCUGCAGACUACCUAUCUGGGCACGGGGCGCAGGAUCAUCUAUAAAUACGGCAAACUAGCCAAACUACUGGAAAUCCUCUAUGACACUACACGAAUAGGCUUCUCUUAUGACGAAGUGGCAGGGAUGCUUAAGACUGUGAAUUUGCAGAGUGAAGGUUUUACAUGCACGAUUCGUUACAGGCAAAUUGGUCCACUUAUCGACAGGCAGAUUUUCAGAUUCAGUGAGGAGGGCAUGGUCAAUGCAAGAUUUGAUUACGUCUAUGACAACAGCUUUAGAGUGACAAGCAUGCAAGCUGUAAUCAACGAAACACCUCUCCCAAUUGAUUUAUACCGUUAUGACGAUGUAUCCGGCAAAACUGAGCAGUUUGGCAAGUUUGGUGUUAUUUAUUAUGACAUCAAUCAGAUUAUCACUACAGCGGUAAUGACCCACACUAAACACUUUGACGCUUAUGGGCGGGUGAAGGAAGUACAAUAUGAGAUCUUCCGCUCCCUCAUGUACUGGAUGAUGGUGCAGUACGACAACAUGGGCCGUGUGGUUGCUAAGGAGCUGAAAGUUGGUCCCUAUGCCAACACAACGCGAUACACUUACGAAUAUGAUGCAGAUGGACAAUUACAAGUUGUGUCCAUCAAUGAUAAGCCUUUGUGGAGGUACAGCUAUGACCUCAAUGGAAACCUGCACUUGCUUAGUCCAGGAAAUAGUGCCAGACUGACCCCUCUACGUUACGAUAUUAGAGACCGAAUCACUCGCCUGGGAGAUGUCCAGUAUAGAAUGGAUGAAGAUGGUUUCCUUAAGCAAAGAGGCAAUGAUUAUUUUGAAUACAACUCUGCUGGUCUGCUGAUUAAAGUGUACAACAAAGUGAGUGGGUGGAGCAUCAAAUAUCGCUAUGACGGCUUAGGGAGGAGGGUGUCUAGCAGGAGCGCAACUGGACAUCACCUACAGUUUUUUUACGCAGAUCUGUCUAGCCCUACACGUGUAACUCACAUGUACAACCACUCCAGCUCAGAAAUUACCUCUCUGUACUAUGACUUACAAGGACACCUAUUUGCCAUGGAGCUGAGCAGUGGGGAUGAGUUUUACGUAGCCUGUGAUAACAUUGGCACUCCUCUAGCGGUCUUUAGUGGUUCUGGAAUCAUGAUCAAACAGAUUCUGCACACAGCGUUCGGAGAGGUCUACUUGGACACUAACCCCAGCUUCCAGCUCAUUAUCGGGUACCAGGGGGGUCUGUACGAGCCCCUGAGCAGGCUGGUGCACAUGGGGCGCAGAGACUAUGAUGUCCUCACGGGGCGCUGGACCACACCCAAUCACAACAUCUGGAAACGCCUCAACAGUAACCACAUUGUACCAUUCAAUCUGUAUAUGUUCAAGAACAACAACCCCCUGAGCAACAACGAAGAGAUCAAGUGCUACAUGACAGAUGUGAACAGUUGGCUGGUAACAUUUGGCUUCCAGCUGUACAAUGUGAUCCCAGGUUACAGAAAGCCAAACACAGAAGCAAUGGAGCCGUCUUAUGAGCUGGUACGCACCCAGAUCAAGACUCAGGAAUGGGACAGCACCAAGUCACUGCUGGGAGUCCAGUGUGAAGUGCAGCGGCAGCUCAAGGCCUUUGUGAAGCUGGAGCGGUUUGGACAGAUCUACAGCGCCAAAAGUGCUGGAUGUCCCCAGACGGAGGACAAGAUCCUGUUUGCCUCUGGGGGCUCUAUCUUUGGAAAGGGGGUGAAGUUUGCCAUUCGAGAGGGCAGGAUCACCACAGACAUCAUCAGCCUGGCCAAUGAGGAUGGGCGGCGUAUGGCUGCAGUGCUAAACGAUGCUUUCUACCUGGAGAACCUGCACUUCACCAUCACUGGAGUGGACACACACUACUUUGUGAAGCUGGGCUCUGUGGAGGGAGACCUAGCUCUCAUUGGAAUGACAGUAGGUCGCCGCACUCUGGAGAACGGGGUCAAUGUGACCGUGACGCAGGUAAACACUGUGCUGAACGGCAGGACUAGGCGCAUCACGGACAUCCAGCUGCAGUACGGCACUCUAUGUCUGAACACGCGCUACGGUAGCAGCGUGGACGAGGAGAAGGCACGUGUGCUGGAGUUGUCUCGGCAGAGGGCUGUGUCCCAGGCCUGGGCCAGAGAGAGACAGAGACUGCGGGAUGGGGAGGAGGGUUCCCGCACGUGGACUGAAGGAGAGAAGCAGCAGCUGCUGGGCUCAGGCCGGGUGCAGGGCUAUGAUGGUUACUACGUGGUGUCAGUGGACCAGUAUCCCGAGCUGGCCGACAGCGUCAACAACAUCCAUUUCAUGAGACAGAGUGAGAUGGGCCGCAGGUGA